AUGACGAGGAGGUGCUCGCAUUGCAGCCACAACGGGCACAAUUCUCGGACCUGCCCGAAUCGUGGGGUGAAGCUUUUUGGGGUCCGAUUGACCGACGGGUCGAUCCGGAAGAGUGCGAGUAUGGGUAACUUGACCCAUUACAUGGGCGGCGGUGGUGGCGGCGGUAGUGGAAGCACGACCCCGCAAAACGGCGUCGCUCAUGAGUCGCCGGGGGACACGCCGGACCACCCCUCCGCCGGUUCAGGCGCGGCCGACGGAUAUGCGUCCGAGGACUUCGUUGCUGGGUCCUCAUCCAGCCGUGAGAGGAAGAAAGGUGUCCCAUGGACAGAAGAGGAACACAGGUUGUUUCUGGUUGGGCUGCAAAAGCUCGGCAAAGGUGACUGGCGUGGCAUUGCAAGGAACUAUGUCAUAUCGAGAACACCUACUCAAGUUGCCAGCCAUGCACAGAAGUACUUCAUCAGGCAAAGCAAUGUGUCGAGGAGGAAAAGACGUUCGAGCCUGUUCGAUAUUGUGGCUGAUGAGCCACUUGAUGCUUCUUCUGCAGCAAUGUCCCGAGACUUUUUCCCUGCAAACUCUCAGCAAGCUGAUGCUCAAAGCAGCACACCUCCCGUGCCCCCACCACCACUCGUACCUCCCAUGGAGGAAGAAUGCGAGUCAAUGGAAUCUGCAAACUCUAAUGAUGGAGAAAUCGUGAUCCCCGCACCAGAGGGCCCCACGUACCCUUACCCUGUUGUCUACCCUGCUUACGUGGGCCCAGUCUUCCCAAUGUCCGUCCAGUUCUGGCCCACUGGUUUCAAUCCCGAGCCCAUCAAGGAAGAAGCCCACCAGGUAGUGAAGCCCACAGCCGUUCACACAAAGAGCCCAAUCAACGUGGAUGAGUUAGUUGGCAUGUCUAAACUGAGUCUAGGGGAAUCUCUGGGUGAUGGUGGGCCCAAUACUCUCUCUCUUAAGCUGGUUGAGGGCUCGUCAACUAGGCCAUCUGCUUUCCAUGCUAGUAAUAAUCCGCCUUCCGAUAGUUCAGGCAUGAAAUCUAGUCACAGUCCGAUUCAUGCCGUUUAA